CUACAACUCCCUUCCGCCCGCGCGGUGUCGCGAGGCCGCCCGGCGUGAGGCGUUCGCGAGCGGGGAGUCUCCAAGAUGGCCGCGUGGGGAAGGAGGCGUCUUGGCCCGGGCGGCGGCGGCGGCGCCCGAGAGAGGGCGAGCCUGUCGGCCACAGACUGUUACAUUGUGCAUGAGAUCUACAACGGGGAGAAUGCCCAAGACCAGUUUGAGUACGAGCUGGAGCAGGCCCUGGAAGCCCAGUACAAGUACAUCGUGAUCGAGCCCACCCGCAUCGGUGACGAGACAGCCCGCUGGAUCACUGUGGGCAACUGCCUGCACAAGACCACCGUGCUGGCGGGCACCGCCUGCCUCUUCACCCCGCUGGCGCUGCCCCUGGAUUACUCCCACUAUAUCUCCCUGCCCGCGGGCGUGCUGAGCCUGGCCUGCUGCACCCUCUACGGCAUCUCCUGGCAGUUCGACCCCUGCUGCAAGUACCAGGUGGAGUACGACGCCUACAGACUGUCCCGGCUGCCCCUGCACACACUCACCUCCUCCAGCCCGGUGGUGCUGGUCCGGAAGGACGACCUGCACAGAAAGAGACUGCACAACACGAUAGCACUGGCGGCUCUGGUGUACUGUGUAAAGAAGAUUUACGAGCUCUGCGCCGUAUGAUCGGGGCAGAGUAGGGCGAGCAGGCAGCCGGCCCGCGAGGUGGCGGAAGGGAGCCCGGGAAGGCAUCUGGCUGCACGUUUGUUAUUUUAAAGAAAUAACACAUCACAAGUGUACCAGGGGCUUUUUCAGCUCAUCACACUAAGAUGUGGAUUCCCGUAACCCACGGGGGCCUGAGGCUGUGGAAGACCGACCAGGCAGCUGGAUGUGAUGGAAGCAACGCUACUGAGGGGAUGUGAACACGCUUGGGGGGUUGUUAAGUAUGUUGUUUAACUGUACCAUCCAGAGCCAACCAGAAGCUAUUGACCAUUAAAAUUAUGAGAAUUUCAA